AUGGCGGCGCCGUCGUCUCUGCUCCGAGCGGGCUUCAGAUCCGCGCGAGACGCGCUGAACUGCGGCGAGAGAUGCAGGAUCCCAGUGUCUGCGUUACAGUUUCAGGCUGCUGCCGGAAAUUUCUUUCCGCGGACGCUGCAACAGCUCCAACAACCCUCCGAGUGCGCCGACUUCAGCACUGAAAGUGGCAGUGCUGCUGGGGAAAUGGCGUUACCAGCACAUAACUCUGUUACCAUGCCUCCAUCUUUUGAUGCUAGGGCUGCUGAUGCUGCCGUUGCUGCAGCAGCUGCUUCAAGCGGUGCUGCUACAAGUGACGCUGCGUCGAGCGGUGCUGCGGCGGUGACGAGCGGUACGGAUGGGUCUCGUGCGGUGCUGGCGAAGCUGCUCAACGUGCCCCGCAUGGUGCUCAAGGAGGAGCUUCUGCGAUCCUUCUGCAACCCUGCGCUGACGUCAGCGGACGUGUUCACUGUGCUGGAUGAUCGGCUGCACACUCUGCACUGGUAUGGAGGAUGCAGUGCGGUGUGGUGUGAUGUGAUGGGUUGCGGUGCUGUGCGGUAUAACGGAUUCGACUUGGUGCUGGCGAAGCUGCUCAAUGUGCCCUGCAUGGUGCUCAAGGAGGAGGUUCUGCGAUCUGGUGGGGCACGGUGCUGGGUGGUACAAAAGGGUCUGGAAUCUCGUCUGCUGCUCAACGUGCCCCGCAUGGUUCUCAAGGAGGAGGAUCUGAGAUCCUUCCGCAACCCUGCGCUGACAUCAGCUGACGUGUUCACUGUGCUGGACGACAGGCUGCACACGCUGCACUGGUAUAUUGUAGUAUGGGGGUGUGGAAUCUCGUCCGGUGCUGCCCCGCCUGGUGCUCAAGGAGGAGGUUCUGUGGUGAAACUCGAAAGGUACUCAACCUUCCGCAAUGCUGCGCUGACGUCAACCGACGUGCUCACCGUGCUGGACGACCAGCUGCACACGCUGCACUGGCAGAUGGAGUUCAAGUCACCAGAAGACUACAGCAAGGCCCGGGAGCUCGUGGAGCUUUACAAGAGGGAGGGCUCGCGGAUACGCCUUCAAGAGUUGUCUCCCAGGGACCACGAGCUUGCGUUCCACAAGAAGCAUCACAACUGGGAGCUUCGCCACUGGAGAGAUGUCUCACUCAUCCUGACAGGCCUCCCAGACGAUGUCAAGACGGACGACAUAGAGCAGUUCUUUGAAGACUACAUGCUGCACCCGCCCGCCGUGUACCACGUCAGGAUAGAACGGAGAGGCGUCCCCACGCCCAUGAGGCUGCGCAUGAAGGGCGAGACGCGGCCGAUUGUGGACCUCGUGGAGCGCCGUGCCGUGGUGCGAUUCGCCAAUCAGCUGGAGGCGCUGAGAGCGCUGAGGGAGAAGCACCGGGAGUUUGUGGGGGAUAGGAUGGUGGAGCUCAGCCUUCUACAGUGA